AUGAACUUUAACCGAACUGCGACCCUACGGGUCCGGUUCAACGAACCGGUCCUUAGGAGGCCGAUUCGGCCUGUGGACAUCACACCCCCGCCCAACCCCCACCGACGUUACACCCUCAAGAAGGACGUCGUCGCUGCGCAUCAGUCGUCACCACCUCUUUCAUGGCGAACCUUGAUGCCCGAGCGCGAGGUCGAGACCCGACCCCUCGACGGGCUCGCCGCUGAUAUGAGCCGUGUUCAGGCCGCAAUCGAUGAGCUUCGGGCAGAGCGCAAGGGCGGAUUGGAAAAUUUGAACGGAUCCUAG